AUGGUGCAAAUGCAAAUAUCUCAACGAAACAAGAUGCACAAGGAGCCAAAUGAUCAAAAUUACUUGCUAAUAGACACUGGAAGUGAUUUAGUUUGGUGGCAAUGUGGACCAUGUGAGGCAAACAAGUGCUACAAACAAAAUCAGCCUCUAUAUGAUUCUACUACAUCCAAAACAUUUCGAAAAGUUGAUUGCUAUCGACGAGGUUCAGAUUGCAUGACUAUUGACCCGGCCUUUCACUGUGAUCUAGGUAGUUUUGAGUGUAUCUAUGAUGUGGAAUACCAAGAUAGAUCAAUAACAAAAGGUUUUAUAGCAGAUGAUGUAAUUACUUUUGUUUUAGACCAAAGACCAAUUAGGGUUACCUUUGGAUGUAGCAAAAAUCAAUUAACUGGUGAAAAGAAUUUCAGUGCUUCCGCUUCUGGGAUUGUUGGACUUGGGCAUGAUGCAUUUUCAGUAGCUGGAUAUUCUUUACCUUCUCAAUUUGGGGCGAACCUCAUGUCCAUGUGUCUACCGAGUUUUUAUUCGGGAAAGGGAUCUAUAUUGAGUUUCCAUAUAAGCAAGUUGCCAAGAGCAACAUCAGCAAAAUUGUUACCAAAUUAUAGGUACCCUUCUUUUUAUUUUGUGAACCUUUAUAAAGUUUUUAUUAAUGAUAGGGAAGUUCAGGUAAAUCCCUCGUGGUGGAAUUUUAAGCAAGAUAUGAUGGGUGGAAUUUUCGUGGAUACAGGAACAACUUUUACCUAUUUUCCUCAUGAUUUUUAUGUCAUAUUUCGUUACAUUUUUAGAGCUGAAGUACGAGAUAUUCCUAUGGUUGAAAAUCCAGUUGGACCUUUUGAUACUUGCUAUAAAGAAGAUCCAAUUGGUCGCGAUUUAUACUUUCCUGCUGUGAAGUUGUACUUUGGCAGCGUAAACUCCAGUACAAUGCUGUUUCUGGCACAAAAACGAGUUGUUGUGAACUAUCGUGGGCUCUACUGUUUGGCUUUUAUUGGAUGGAAUAGAGACCAGUCAGUAUUAGGCAUGUAUCAACUCCAAGGUGUAGGAUUAACUUUUGAUACUUCAGAAAAUACAUUGUCCUUUGACAUAGAUGCAUGUGAUUAA